AUGAUACUCAAAAGUGGGUUGAUUCCUCCAUCACCCCUUUCAGUCUUUGGCGCAGCCACUGAUUCUCUACUAUCGUUGCCCGACGAUCCUUGUGUCGCUCAUACGUCUAGGGUAACGCUCAUCGUUGCGGGCAGCUAUGUGGUGGCUAUAGCAAUCCGUGAGCACGUGCCGAUCCUUGAGAAACUCCUGUAUCCCUUCAAGCUACUAGUCGUCGGUAUGCACGAGCUAUGCCACGCUCUGGCUGGAGUUCUCACUUGCGCGAAGAUUGAAUCGAUCGAAUUGGAUCCGAACGAAGGAGGGUCGACGAGGAUGCGAGGAGGUAUUCCUGCCAUUACUCUGCCCGCAGGUUAUCUCGGUUCAUCACUCAUUGGCGCCGCCUUGAUCACAGUCGGAUUCGACACUUCUGCCUCAAAAGUCGCGGCGAUCGUCCUUUUGGUGCUGUGGGCGAUUACACUGUACUGGGCUCGGCGAUCCUGGGUGGCGUACGCCACGAUUCUGAUGAUGGCGGCUCUGAUAGUGAUCACCUGGCUCGUCGCGCACUCUGUGGCCCUUCGCUUCUUUAUCCUCUUCAUUGGCGUCAUGUCUUGUCUAUAUGCCAUUUGGGACAUCAUCGAUGACACGCUGGCUCGGAAGGUCAACUCAUCAGACGCGAGCGAAUAUGCGCAUCUGAUUGGGUGCUGUGGAUCGAGAUUUUGGGGCGCGUUUUGGCUCUUGCAAGCUUGUGUCUUUUUUGUGGCUGGUAUUCUAGUCGGUAUUGUCGUGUUCCGAGAUUCUUGGGAGCAGCAGAGGGAACGCGCAGAUAGAUUUUUGGGAGGUAAGUCGACCACUGCAUCGUUAGUGCUGACCAUCCUCAGGCACUCCUUGAACACAGCAGGGACUAUUCUUGUAGACCAAAGAGCCAAUGCAAUGUCCGUCUUCUGCCCCUAUUGGACUCCCCAUUAUAGACACCCCCUUCUCCCGCCAGGUGGCGACCGUCGAGAUCCGCCCUAG